AUGGACUUUGACAAAAUUGAUAAAAAUGAAAUUUUUCUGUUGGUAGGGGAAGAUCUUGACAAGAUAAACUCUACUACAUUAAAAACUAAAAUUUUUUAUCAGAUACAAUAUUUUAGUGUAGAAGAUUACAAAAUAAUAAAUAGUCCUGUUGGAUAUAAAUGUUCAUGUGAUUGUUUAAUUUGUUGGCAUAUUUUAAAAGUUAUUUAUCAUAAAGAUAAGGCACUAACAGAACCAGUUAAUAUUGAUGACUUUUAA